CCCCUGUCACACACAUGGACCCCAAAGGAGAGGGCAGCGGCUGGGGUUGCACCAAUCCGGGCUGCACUCCGGCCCGUACCCAAUCCGAUGGAAUCCCUUAUACAACCGCACAAGGAUGUGACCACUGCUGCGGCCAGGUUGGCUGCGUCGGUCGAGCCAAAGAUGGCAACCCCGGACGAUGAUACAGCACUGUCUGCGUCUGAAGGGGGGGCUUCCGCGGCAAGAGCGAUGCGGCAGACCGAGGCUGCGACGGUGGGCACGUCCAGUGCAAUAACCACGACCAUGGAUAUGUCGGCCCUGAAGACCGCAAUUCAGGAGCCGACUUUCAAAAUGGUCGUAAGCAACUCCAAAAGGCGACGGCACAGGAGAGCCAUAAGGGCGCCGGAACAGCAGAAGCUGGUCACCGGCGCUCCGAGGCCUCCUGUGAAACCUGGAACUGCCCCCGCUGUAACCACAGUUGAGAGAGGCGGGAAAAGGACACCGAAGCCUAAAAGAUCCACUGCUGCGCCCGUGCCUAGCUGCUCUGGGUGCGGCAAGGGAUUUAAGAGUUCCAAAACCAACCAAGCCACGAAGGGCCAGAAGCGCGACCGGCCAGAGGAAACCGUAACACCGACUGGGGAAAGUAAAAGGGUCAAACCCAACAAACCUCAGACGGUGGCAGGGACCUCGGCCAGUUACGCGGAAGCGGCAGCGUCAUACAAAACUAACGAGCUUUGUGUUGCCGUGAUGACUGAGCCCUUCGUGGAUAUGACACAAGAACAGGCGGAUAACAUCCGCCUACAAAUCGAGGGUAAAAUUCAAGACGAGCUCCUGGCGGAUCUUGAUGCUACCCUAACUACCGAGCCCAACGACAUCAGGUUCCGGGGUAAGGCCCAUUUCUCGGAUGGUGUCCUCAAAACUUGGUGCGAGGACACUUACACUCUGGGUUGGCUGACCGGGACUUGUGAUGUCAUCACAAAUCCAGUACCUGACACCAGGCUGGUGGUUCGGCCUCAAUCGGCGAUUCCGAAUAGGAUUCCGUGUCUGCUACAUGUACCAGACUACAGUGGCAACACGGAAACACUGAGGAAACUGAUCACGAGGCAAAACCGCCACCUCAACAUCAGAUCAUGGACCCUGACACACGAACGAAGAACUCAGGACCCGACAGGCGUGUCCCUCUUCUUUCGUGUGCCAGAGUUUGAGAUCCCUAAAAUCAAAGAGCGUAAUCGGCGUUUAUACUACCUGAUGGGGAACAUCUAUAUCCGCAUCCUGGAUAGAGAUGAACCCUCGCAGGUGGCCAACGCCCCACCAACAACUACCAGCACAUCGGGGGUGGCGUCGUCGGGGUCGGGGCCGUCCACGUCUCUGACGGGGGCGGCUUCGGUCACCGGGACACACGCCCCUAUGGAGGUAGCUACACAUCCACCGUCACCGGUGCAACUAACUUCGGAUGAUGAGUUGUUUCAGGAGACCGGGGGGAGUGAAUUCAGCGACAGCUGUCUGCGCUCCUCCCCAUCGCCGAACUGACCUCAUCCAGGCUAACCUCCAGCACAGUCAGACAGCGUCGGCUUCCCUACGCAGACUGCUGGAGACCAAUCCGAAGACCAUCGCCGCGAUCCAAGAGCCGUGGAUCAGGAAUGGCAAGAUAUGUGGCCUGGGCAGCACCGGUGGUAAACUUUUACUGGAUACCUCCGAACCUUACAGCUAUUAGGUUACACAGAAACAAUCAACCAGACGUCGUCCUGGCGUCCGCCUACUUACCAGGUGACGAGGACGUGCCCACUCCAGAACUCGGCCUUCUGGCUGACUACUGUGAGAGGGAGAAACUGGAGCUAAUCAUCGCGGCGGACUCCAAUGCGCACCACACGUUAUGGGGUAACGCUAGUA